AUGGAGCCCAUUGGUGCAAGGUCUGUAGCUCGAAGCUCAAAAUCAGAUCUCGUGGCAGCCCAAUUGCAUAAAAAUAUUGUAUCCGGUGUUGAUCAAAUGAAGAGAGAACAUGGGUUUCAAUCUGUCCAGUUUGAUGGCAGUAGUAAUGAUUCAUUUGAUUUGUUUAUGUUGGAUGUCAUGGGGUCGAGUGAGAGUCGAUGUGUUCCAGAUGUGGGCAGCGAGGCAACUGUGAGAAUUGGGAGUGAUGUUUAUGGAAAAAAUCAAAAUGAUCAACACAGGCUGGCUAUAGAAUACACAGAAGAUAUUAAAACUUCUACCAAUAACUAUUCCACACUCAUUGGUAAGGGAAGCUUUGGAUCUGUAUUUUAUGGCAGACUUUCAGGAUAUGAAGCUGCGGUCAAAAUACAUAAGGCUGACUCUAAUCAAGGCCAGAAAGAAUUCCAGAAUGAGGUAGCCAUGCUGUCAAGAAUAUAUCACAAGAAUCUUGUGAAUCUUAUUGGGUAUUGCAGACAACCCAUAUUGGCAUUAGUCUAUGAAUACAUGCCGUUUGGAACAUUAAUUGAUCAUGUAUAUGGCAUAGCCAAAUUGGAAACUCCACUGGAUUGGCAUACGAGACUCAAUAUUGCUCGACAAGCCGCGGACGGUAAGCUGUUUGUGGCAGCAGCAGUUGUUUUUGUAAAACGAUACUUUGCAACAUCAGCGUUAAAUGAGAAGAGCGAUGUUUACAGUUUUGGAGUGGCACACAAGCUGCUUUCAUGUGGCAAAAUAGACGAGCUUAUGGAUCCUUCAUUGGGCGGUCGAUAUAACGUAGAAUCAGCUUCGAAAGUUGCAGAGAUAGCAUACAUGUGCGUGGAAGAGGAAUCAAGGAAUAGACCCAAAAUGAGUGCGGUGGUGAAAGAAUUGGAAGAAGCUGUGACGCUUGCAUCUGAUGAGAACAAUUGUUCUGCUUCACAUACUGUGGCCUCUUUUAAUACUGGUGACAUGCCCAGCCUUAGCUGUUGA